AUGCAGAACUCCGAGCCAUGCUUCUUCCUUGAGAAGAUCCCCGGAGAGAUGCGUAACCGGAUCUAUGAUUAUGCGCUGUCGGGCGAGAAUGGCGAGAUGACACUGCAUUCCAGCGACAUGAUUGCACCGUUGCGGCGUUUCAGAGGAGGCAAACAAGAAAGCAAGGUAAUGCAUGAGUUGCGGCUGCUCGAGCAGUACGUCGAUGCCACUGAGCCCGUCGUGGAAGAACAGCAGUCCAGCAUCGACCAGAAGGAGGGAUGUGUCGUGGUGUUGGAGAGCGAGCUCCAGCGACUUCGUCGAGCAGGACGAGCGCAGACCGACGAGAGUCGAGGGCUGGGGGAGCUUGGAGAGGAGAUUCCGAACCUCGAAAACGAAGUCGACCAGAUGUUGACCUAUAUUCGCGUGGCGAAGCGCGGGAGCCGCGUGAUUCGGUCUGAUUACUUGCUUCGCAGCAAAGAGGGCGAAGCGCCCGUCUUCCGCGAUAUGCAGAAUCUGUUUUCACUUUCGCGUACCUGCAAGCAGAUUCGAGAAGAGUGCUCCGGGCUCGUGUACGAGUUCAACAAGGUCAAAUUCAUUGUCGGGACAGAGGAGAAUCGCACCGAGGAUGACCGGAAGGAAGUCCUGGACAAGCAUUUUGAGUACAUCUUGGAGCGCCAACUCAAGCUUGGAGAGCUGAAGAUGGGCUUGAUCAUCGAUUUUGGAUUCGUUCCACGAUUGGGUGCCGCGCCGGGGCUCUUCAGGUUCAACGCGACGAUUCGAGAGUAUCAGAGUCAUCUUCGCAAGCUUAGGAAGGCUUGUCCGUUGAUGGAAAUUCACUUCUUUACCGAUCAGGGAUCGCAGCAACUUGGCGUGGAGAAGCACGUUGCUUGGAAGAUCGUGCUCGACGGCCCGGAGUCUGUGGUCGCACAAUUCGAUGCUCAGCUGGCGGCUUCUCACAACGUCAGCAAAAUUUCAUUGAGCUCUCACCGAUUACGAGAACAUCAGUCUGCACGUGUCAUUGCCACUGAAGUGUUGUCCCGCGGCUCUCAGCGGUAUCAGGCAGUCUAUGUGACGAGAGCGACAACCUUUGGCAUAGAUAUGAGAUCUCAGCCGUUGUAUGCUGUCAAACCUCCGGACCAUCCAGCCUCCACCUUUCCAGCACCAACAACCCAGAUCAACUCCACCUCGAAUCUUUCAUGUCCAUGA